CGGCGGUGCGGUGCGCUCCGCCCCCCGGCGCGCCCGCUGCCCCGCCGGGGAAGUUGCGCUCUGUCCCUCGCUCUCCCUGGUCCCUCGGCGACGGCUCCUUCCUCCCCCUCCCUCCCUCCAAUGCGCCUCCCGCUCAUUUCCUCUUUUCCUCCCCGCUCGCCGCCGCUCCGCAGGCGCGCGGCUCGCCCGGGCGCCGCCGCGGAGUUGUAGCUCCCAGGAAGCCGCCGCGCCCCCGCGCAGCCGCCGCCGCUGCUUCCAGGCCGCCCCGGGACCCCGCUCCGCCAGCCGGGUAAGGAGCCGGGGCUGCUCCGCCGCUGCCCGCGGAGCGGCGCGGAAACUUCGGUAAUCGAGCCCCGUGGACUUUCUCUGAAGAGAUUCCAAAAUAGGUGCUGCUGAACCCAGACCCAGAAGAGGAUGGGGAAGCAGAACAGCAAGCUGCGCCCCGAGGUGCUCCAGGACCUGCGUGAGAACACUGAGUUCACAGACCAUGAGCUGCAGGAGUGGUACAAGGGCUUCCUAAAAGAUUGCCCCACGGGCCAUUUGACUGUAGAAGAGUUUAAAAAAAUAUAUGCAAAUUUUUUUCCCUAUGGCGAUGCGUCGAAGUUUGCGGAGCACGUCUUCCGCACCUUUGACACUAACGGCGACGGGACCAUCGACUUCAGGGAAUUCAUCAUCGCCCUGAGCGUCACCUCCCGGGGCAAGCUGGAACAGAAGCUGAAGUGGGCGUUUAGUAUGUACGACCUGGAUGGCAACGGGUACAUCAGCCGUGGGGAAAUGCUAGAAAUAGUGCAGGCAAUUUACAAAAUGGUUUCAUCAGUAAUGAAAAUGCCAGAGGAUGAAUCCACUCCUGAGAAGCGAACAGACAAGAUCUUCAGACAGAUGGACACAAACAAUGACGGUAAACUGUCACUGGAAGAGUUCAUCAAAGGUGCCAAGAGCGAUCCCUCCAUCGUGCGGUUGUUACAGUGCGACCCCAGUAGCGCGAGCCAAUUCUGAUGAAAGCGGACAGUGUGCUCAGAGAACCUCGGCUUGUGUCCUUCAAGCUUUGCUCGCAAACGGAUGCCUUCUCAACCGUCCCUCCACACUCCGCGGAUAAGAUCCCGUUGCCAGAUUGUGUGUGUGUGUGUGUCCGAGCGAACCAGCCCUCGCUCCCCCCACUAACACCAGUGCAGUUCUCCUGCGGCAGCUCCGUUUCUGCUUCCCCGUAAUGUUACCAUUCACUCUGCACAUUUUAAACAUUAAUCGAAAGGUUUGUUUACAUGCAGCUGCGAGAGAGUUCAAUGGCUGGCGAGAUACCACUUCACUUAGUGCGUGAGAAAGGUGAUGUUCCCAUAGUUCUCGAGAAGAUGCUAGGUAGGACUUUUACCCAAAAUAGCAGAUGGUAGAUAAUUUAUUUUGCUUCAGAAAUUACUAUGUUGGAAAAAAAAAAAAAGAAAAAAAAAAGUGGACUGAAUGGAGUAGAAAGUUAAAAAAAUUAAAAAAAGAAAAAAGGAAAAAAAAAAAAUAGCAGCUUUCCUGGGCAUGGUUCCAAUUUUCUUUUUGAGGAAAAUUGCUUGCACUUAUCUAAUGGUCUUUACUUUCUUUUAAUAUAUAUAUAAAUUAUAUAUAUAUGGUGAAGUAAAAUUUUAAAUAUUUAGGUCAUCUAUUUAAGGCAUAAAAUAGAAUUCAAGCUUUGUUUCUUCUAGUUGUCUGUGAUUUAUUCAAAUCUUGGAGGUUGGUUUUUUUUGUGAUAUUUAUGCAUUAGCAAAUUGCUGUUUCAAAAGAAAUGCAUGACUAGCAGUUUGUGGAUAUUUCACUCUGUUUAAUUCCUGAAUGCAAAUAUUUGUUCAUUUUUACUGUCAGUCAUUCCGGUAUUACUGUAUUAACAAAAGACCUGAAAGGAGUUCAUCCUCAUUUUGUAUUUCUCAGUGGAGUCCUACUUUCUGGUGGUUGCUGCGUUAAAUGGCUUUUGAGUGCCCCGAGGUGACGUGACUGGCACUGCUGUUCUCAACUUGGCUACACCUCCUCCCUUUUGCUGUCGAUAUGUUAAUAGUCUUGUGCAUUCCAGUGUUAUUUAAUAUCUGCCUAAUGCCAAGAAAUAUUAAUUGAAAUAAAAGACUACUUUUCUUGUCA